AUGUCUACCACCACCAAGAGACCAAAAGUCUUUGCAUAUGCAAAAUUUGAUCUUGAUGCUCUUAUUUCUCUCGCCACAAGACUUCGAGGCCAAUCAUGCACUGUUGAUACAUCAACGAGAUCCAAAGCUGGUAGUACCCACUGGGUUAUUUUCAUCGCUUUCGAGGAUGGCACCGAAUGGGUGUUCAGGUCUCCCCGUAGCGGACCAAGCACUAUCAUCACUGAGAAAUCUGUAUCCAAGUUACUCAUCAGCGAGGCCGUGACACUGAAGUAUCUGAGCACUCUCAGCUCGAUCCCUGUCCCAGAGGUUUUCUCGUUCAAUUCCAUAGCGGGGACUGUGACAAUGAUAUUGGAGUGCCUUUAUAUUCUCAUGAGCAAGGCUAGUGGCCGUUCAUUAUCCGAGUAUGACUGGAUUGAGCUGUCUCAAAUAGAAGGGUAUCCAAAUAGACGCCCACUUCUCCACAUAACGGACCAAGAUCGGGAGAAGGUUAUGGAGCAGCUGGGAACCAUUAUGUCACGUCUCUUGAGCAACAAUUUCGAUAAGAUCGGAUCACUUUUUGAAGACAGUAAUGGUAAUCGUUUCGUUGGUGAAUGCCUCAGCCCUUCGCUCCUCUGGCAACACAGGGAUGAGCUACAAGGCAUUAACCGAGGCCCCUUUGAUCAAGAGAGCCAGUACCUUCAGUCACUAAUCUCAGCGUUCGUAGCUCAUGCUGAGGAACUUCCACUCAGACCACACAGUUUCUUCGCUCCAAUCCCCGAUCCCUUCGAAUAUUCGAAUUGGACUAGCUAUCGCCAGGCAGUGGAAAGAUGGCGGACUUUCUGUUCCAUGGGAGAUAAGGUUGAGGGUAGCAAGAACCGACUUGCGUUCUGUAUUGCGGGUCAACUCCUGAACGAAAUGGUUCCUGGCUUAGCGUCAACGGACGGAAAGUUUGUGCUCUGUCACCCAGACCUUCACCUCGGCAAUAUCUUUAUCGAUGAGGACUUCCACAUAACGUGUAUCAUGGACUGGAGUUCUACGUCGUCAAGUCCUAUGGUGGAGCUGCUUACCACUCCAGGGAUCAAUGGCUCACUUUCACCGCCCGGGCCGUCCCUUGUUGCAGCUUUCAGAUCGGCAUUUCGCAAUGGGGGCCAAAUCUUGGCUUCUGACCAAUGGGAUAGAGCUGACAAGAUGUGGUAUUGUUUGCGACUGGUUCGAAUGCUUUCUACCCAAGACUACACGCUCUUCAAGUCGCUGUAUGAUCUUGUGUACGAGAGGAAUUCAGAUGAUAUCCCUCGACUCUUUUAUGAGAGGACUAUGCAAGAGUCUGGCCAAGAACUAUUCGCUGAUUUGUGCCUGGCUGAGUCUGAAGACGAAGAAGUGUGCAAAGGUGAGCAGGAGGAUAAAGAACAUGGUCUAACGAACGUGUCUGUCGAAGUAGGAGUUGCAAGAAAGAUUACACUGAUGUCUGAAAUGAACCCCAACUUUGUUGCGGAUAACAGACUGUGGCUAUGA